CAGUGCUGAGCCACACAUACACACACUCACGCUCCAGCACCUGUAAGACUUAUCCUAGAGAAGAGGCGCUCCACCAUGCUGAGGCCAAAGGACCUGUGCCAGGGCUCUGGCACCAAAACCUUCUUGGAGGCUAUGAAUAGUGGCAAGGUGCACUUGGCCCGCUUUGUUCUUGAUGCACUGGACUGCCGUAUCAUCAACUCAAAGAACGAGAGCAGCCGCACACCACUUAUGUGUGCAGUGUGCCUGCAGGAGCCCAACACCAGGUCCAAGUUCACACAGCUGCUCUUGGAGAAAGGUGCCGAUGUGAACAGCCGGGACGAGAACGGGCGCACUGCGCUCAGUUUGGCCUGUGAGCUCGGCCACCUGGAUGCUGUCAAGCUCCUGGUGCAGUUCAACGCCAACCCUGAGCUCACAGACACCUGGGGCAAUGGUGCCCUGACGUACGCUGCCUACGGGGGACACAGCCAGGUGCUGGAUUUUCUCAUUCGGGCUUUCAAGAGGCUAGGAUUGAGGCUGGACCACACUAAUCACGCAGGCCACACUCCCAUCCAAGUAGCUGAAUAUUUGGGACAUGGCCAUUGUGUUCAGGUUCUCAUCACUGCAGGAAGGAAGGUAGUAAGCAGCGCUGAACAACCUCACGAAAUCCAAGCCGGAUCCAAAGAAGCUGUUCUGUGGCCUAAUCGAAUCCCGCAGCAAAUUCUAGAAAAAUUCUCAAAGCAGGUUCACAGCAAGAACGAGGAGGCAUUGCCGUCUUUGUUUCAGAAACAGAUGUGGAUCGGUGACAGCAAAGACCCAAAGAGACAAUUCAGUCAGCAAACUUCCCCUGACACAACCAACUCAAAUGGCUACCAAAGUUUAACCAGGUUUCCAGAGAGGCGCUUUACUGAGAAGGAGCAACAAGUCAUGUUCAGCUCGAAACAGUUUCAAAACUCUAGGGAAGCUGGAUUUGGGAGAAAAAACAACUUGGUGUCAGAGCGCUGCAAGAAAAUGGACCAACGUGAGAUGGGUGAAAAUCCUCCCCAGUGGGGAAAAGCAAAGUCAUUCAACCUGGAGCUACAAACGGGACGAAAACAGUCGUACCAGGGCGAGGCGCGUGACGUCACACCGUCUGUCAGCCAAUCAAAAAGAGCUUCUCUUCCAGACGAGAGACCUCUCAUCCCGAAAUUUUACUGCCAUGGCAACACUUCCGCGAGGAAAAGCGACGCGUGUUUACAACCGAAUGGAGCGUUUCGGGUUAGUGCUGAUCAGAGGAAUAGCAACAGCGUUGAAAAGAAGAAAAGCUCGAUCAAACGCGGCAGCGCUGUCAAGAACGACAGACCAAACAAACUGCUCUUUAUUAGGGACGAGUUGCAACGGGAAAGGAUCAGAAUCCGUCCUCCGGGGUUCAGCGGGAUCGGGACCAGGUUACUACGGCGCUUCACGGCUCCUGAGUUUAUGGGGCUGGGUAGAGACGGUCCGUCCGGCGCGAGGGUAAACAAAGGCAAGAUUGCUCGAUCAGAGACAUUUCCGCUUUCACACACUCAUAAACUGGUCAAUAGUCACCCCAGCGUUGACAGCAUAAGCGGUGUCAGGUGCGAAUUUGAAGGCAGUCCUCCAAUCAGUCGAGCUUAAUGCAUAUUUAUUAUUAUCAUCAUUGUUACGAUUUCUGGAGUCGGGAAUUGAUAGAGUCGAAUCAUCACAAUCAUCUUCCCAGGAACUAAACUGCAGAUAUUGUGAAAUAAAUGAGUGCAAUACUAAUUAAUUGAAUUUGUCAAGCAAUGAUUUUUUUUUCUUCUUCUUUUCUUUUUACUUUCUUUUCACGUCUUUGAAUGAACUUUGAAUGCCGAAUUAAUUUCAUUGUGUCGACUUGACUCCUAAGAUUCGGAGUCGAAUCUCAGUUUCCAGCGAGUCGAUUCCCAGUCUUAGAUUUACUUCACCAAAGUCGUUAGUGCUAUUUUAGUUGUCGAAUUUUGGAAAUGAAAACUUCAUUACACAGGUUGCACAUGCAGGCUGUCACUUGUUUCAAGCUGCUUUUUCAAAUGAUUGGAGAAUAACAACUUAAUUGUUUGUUGCUAGUUUUCUUGUUGCUAGCAAAUUUGGAUCAACACCAGUUUCAUUUCUCUCAGAACUAUUACAAAUUUCAUGCUGAAACCUUUCUUAUAGAGAAGCUACUAUACUAUACAUAAACAGAUAUUGCUUAAAAUUCUAUUAUAAAGCAAGUAAAUGUGCUACAUAAUACAUAAAUGUGCUGUCUACGAUUAUGUUCAUGAGUCAUUUGCACUUCAGGAGUCAGGCAGGGUUUCAGGUUUUUGUAAAAAAAAAAAAAUGUAUUCUGACUGCUCUUCAUCAUUAGUACGUUUAAUAUAUUCCUCUA